AUAUAAUCUCCCACAGCUGCCUACCACACCAUAGCUUCGGCAUGGGGAAGAUCGAUCCAGAUAUUCAGCUGCUUCGAUCGAGUGUCGAGCUGCCCAAUGGUCGCAUCGUUCCCAACCGAUUGGUGAAGGUGGCCAUGGAAGAAGGUAUUGGAUGGGGAGGCGGUCUUCCUGACCAAAGGCAUUGUCAGCUGUAUCGAACAUUUGCUUCAGGAGGAUGGGGUAUGAUCAUCACCGGUAACGCGCACGUUGACCCAAGUCAACUUGCUACCCCACAUUGCAGAUACAUACCCGAUGACUCGAUUGAAACAAUACAGGCAUACAAACGACUUCGAGACGUCACUCUGGCUGGGGUUCCCAGCGAACAAGAACCUCCUCUUCUCCUCAUCCAAUUGUCCCAUGCGGGAUUGCAAUCGUCGGCGACUUAUUCGUUCUCCCGUCCACCAUGGGAGCCUGCGGUGGCUCCAUGUUCUGAAAGACCGGACAUGGGAGAUAGUGUCUUGGGCUGCAUCAUGGGACGAGUCCUGUGGCCCUUCAAGAGCAGAGCGAUUGAAGAUUCCGCCGAGUGGUUCAAGAUCGUCGAUCUGUUCAUCAAAUGUGCCAUAGUGGCUGAAAGAGCAGAAUGGGAUGGAGUUCAAAUACACAGUGCCCAUGGGUAUCUUUUGGCAUCAUACAUAUCACCUUUGACCAACCCCGAUCCUCGUCCUUUACCAACGGUCCCAAGUACAGUACCCUUAAGACUACAUCUUCUCUAUCUCAUACUCGAUGGCAUAUGUCGUGCCACUCAGAAAUCAUUCAUCAAAGCGCUGAAGAUUAAUAGUUCUGACUUUGUCCUUGGUGGACUCAAUGAGGCAGAAUCGGCUGAUCUCAUCAGAGAGAUCGUCAGUUGGAGUAUGGUAGACAUUUUAGAGGUAUCUGGAGGGAGCUAUUCAAACCCUACUUUCGCAGAGAUGGAAGCGCCGUCUCCUUCCCUCAACCGUCAAUCGCUAUUCGCCAACUUCACUAAAUCACUCCUACCUCAGCUCCCUCAACCCCCGAAGGGACCUGCUAUCCUCUUGACGGGUGGUUUACAUUCUCGACCUCUCAUCGCAGACAGUCUUCGAAACGCAUGUCAUCUGGCAGGAAUCGGGCGCCCUGCAUGUCUUCAACCAGCAUUGCCUCUGGAGGUGCUGUUGAAUCCUGAGAUUGAGCGUGAAGAUGCUUAUGUGGGGGGUUACACGAUCUCGGGAGGUGAGACUAUGAAGUGGGUUCUGGGAGGAGGAUCUUCGAAAAAGCCUUCACAAAGAGACAAGUCUGCAUCUGGUCUGGCGAAAAACGGAAACGGAAAAACUGGUAUACCCUUGGUGGGAGCCGGGGUCUCAACGAUGUGGCAUGAAUGGCAACUCCAUCGGAUCGCACGUGGAGCCAAGCCCGAUGCGGCUAUGGAUUGGUUAUGGGGUGGACUGGUGAAGGAGGGAAUAUGGUGGGGCCUGCUCGGUGGAGGACCUUUGGAAUGGUGUCGUCGGACGCGGCAGGAACUCGAGGAUCAGAAGCUAGACUAG